AUGGGGCGUGCAUCUGGUGAUGGUAAGCCUAGGCCCAUACUCUUAAAAGUUCGCGACAUCGCUAUGCGGGACAAAAUCUGGUUUGCACAGACGGUACUUAAAAAGUCUGGGAUAACUAUAUCAGAGUUCCACACAAAGACGCGGCAUGAUGUUUUUAUGGCGGCUUGUGACGCUUUUGGCAUGAAUAAAUGUUUCACACAGCAAGGGGUCAUAAUUGUGAUCGGUGCUGAUGGGAAGCGUAUGCGCAUCAACACUAUGGAUGAGUUAAAUAAGAUCAUUGUAUCUUUGGACUCAGCAAAGGAAACUCCCAGACAACCCACGAUCACACUUCCAUCUAAGCCGGUAAUAUCCAUGAAGAGAAGGCGUGCUGGCGUUGUAAAUAAAAAUUGA